AUGCCGAUGGAAGGCUUCUAUGUUCUGACCAACGCGUUCCCUUGGGGCUUGUUGGCCUUACUUAGCAUCGAGCAGGGCCAGCUUUGCGCUCGGAUGGUGCGCUUUCUUCCACAAGGGGAGAGUAUCACUGAGAUACAGGUCCCGUUUUUCCAGGUCAGCGUGAGCGAAGAACGUGGCAACAUCAGGAGCGUCAUUCAAGCUCCAUGGCUGCAGUUCGACUCUAUGGCAACCAUCGCGCCGAUUGAAUCGUCACAACUGGUGGCUUCAACCCAGGAGAGUCAUUUCUUCUCGAGCCAAAACAUUGGCGAGCUUGGACUCUUUCAAGCACGACGCGCCUUCAGACUGGAGGCUGGUGACAACUCUGAAAAGAUGGUGGACAAGAAACCAGCUACAGCAGCAGGUGUUCUUGGCUAUCCUUAUGGCCUUCAAGAUUACCUGGAUGAGAGCGAGGAGAUUCCGGAAGUUGAUGAAUCCUCCACUUUGAGUAAGAGUUGGGCUCCUGGGCGAUUGGGCUUGGAGGGCGAGUUGAAGCAGCGAACUGAUGCGAUGCUGCGGGAGCUUCUCAGCAGGCCUCGGUUUUGUGACCUCGCCUUGAUUCGAAGCCCUGACGAGUUCAUGCCGGCGGACCCCACGGUCCCACGCCUGCGGCCCGGACUCUAUGCGGGCGACUACGGACACGGCAUGUACGGCCAAUAUCGAGUGGAGGUGCUGCUCUUGGAUUAUGUCUCUUUGACGGCCGAAGAAGUCCGAGCUGAGAUUCAGGACCCACAGCGUCUUUUUAAACGACCUGGAGGCCAUUACCCUGCCCCUGGACAGUUGCGGGCACUGGCCGAGCUCAAUCAAUCGAUCACUUUCAUGCGCGUCGUGAAACAGUGUGGAGAUCUUCACGUCCCCAUGGGUGCCACCACCUUCAUGGCGAUCUGUGCACCGGAAAACGCCCUCGACGGAGCACAGAAUGGGCCAUCCAGAGUUCAGAACCGACAGACUUCGUCCUGGGAGUCUGUGGCCAGAUCCUGGCGUGGCUUCGGGACGCUGGCGAUGCCAGGCUUUGGUCGACCUUCCUGGGACACGGGGUGGCUGGUACAGUUUGCUCACCGGGCUGGGGAAGAUCGCUUUGGCUUCGUUUGGGAUCGCGCACAAGAUGCCGUAGUCCUCAAGUGGAUCGGGCUGCAGGACACUUGCCCAUUCCUGCAGCGAAGCUGGCUGCCAGAGGAUGUGCGAUGA